GGGGAGACCGGGGCAACCCCUGUUGUUGAGCACCUUCGCCCAUUGUCGCCAGUUUCCGAUCGGGCCGACAGCGCGCCGCACCGUUUUCAAACAGACGUCGAGCGCGCCUUUUCAGUCGAGUUUUAGCCGCAUCUACGAUGGAAGAGGAGCUGCGCUGCUUCGCCUGUAAACAGUUUUACAACAAUCCGGUCCUGCUGCCGUGCUACCACGGAACCUGCCUGCAUUGCGCCCUCAACUUGCAGCAACCCGCCAACCAAAAUGCCGGCACCGCAAAUGUAAAUGUUGUUACGGAAAACGCGGAAAGUGUGGCCUCCGGUUCGUCCGGAGACUACCAGGAGUCGGACAAGUUGUCCAUCCUGAGCGAAACCGAUAGCGGAGUUGUGUGCACCUCCCGCCCCAACUCCUACGUGGGUACUCCGAACGGGGUGCUCUUUCCCAGUGCUCUAUCGCUGGCCUGUCCACUCUGCCAUAAAGUGGUGUACUUUGACGAUAACGGCGCCCACAACUUGCCGAAGUACCGCGUGAUGCAAAGCAUUGUCGAUCGGUACGGCGAACUCCGGAAUCUCACCCUCAAGUGCCAGAUGUGCGAGCUGGAACCCGCUAAAGAUGCGACUGUGAUGUGCGAACAAUGCGAGGUACUUUAUUGCGACUCUUGCAGGGAGUCCUGCCAUCCAGCCAGAGGCCCGCUGGCCAAGCAUGUUCUUAGCGAGCCGAAACGCGGCGGAACCAGCACGAGCAAGACGAAGGACGGCAAGUGCCCGGACCAUCCAGAAGAACCCAUCAACAUGUACUGUUUGGUAUGCAAACUCAGUGUCUGUGCGUUGUGCCUUAUGGAUUCCAGGCAUGCCAGCCAUGAUGUUCAGAGUCUAGCCAUCAUGUGCAAAGCGCAAAAGACGGAACUUUCACACAAUCUUCAGCAAUUGUCGGAACGAGCCAAAUCAACAACCGAGUUCAUACAGCGACUGAAAGGGAUGAGUGAUAAAGUUAACGAAAACUGCGAAGAAUUCGAACAAAUGGUGUCGGCACAAUGUGAGGCCCUAAUCCUAGCCAUCCAGGCAAGGCGUGACAAGCUGAUCGAGUGCAUCAGACAAGACAAAGAAGUGAGAGUGAGGGCUCUAAAGGAACAAGUCACCACUUGCACCUCGCGACUGCAACAAACCACUGCUUUACUACAGUUUUGCAUUGAGGCCCUCAAAGAGACCGAUAGUUCUGCGUUCUUACAGGUGGGGACCAUGUUGAUAUCCAGGGUAGCCAAUACUGAUCAUUCCUGGCACAAGGAAUGGACAGCGCCGAGAGUUUCGCCCCAUUUCGACCUCACGCUGGAUGACAAAUCGGUAAUGAAGGCCAUCGAACAGCUCAACUUUAUCCAGAUGAAACCAUACAUUGACGGGGAAGAAAGAGUUCCAGCAGCGCCAGCUGCCCCUGCAAUCAUCCCUGAAGAGUGCAGUGCAGAGAACAAUUCGGUAACAAUAGCGUGGCAGCCGCCACCCCACAGUCAUGUCGAGGGGUACGUUUUGGAGCUAGACGACGGAAAUGGUGGAGAUUUUAGGGAAGUAUACUGUGGAAUCGAGACUAUCUGCACGGUAGACGGGCUGCAUUUCCACUGCAUGUACAACGCCAGAGUGAAAGCGUUCAACAGUUCAGGCGAAGGAGACUACAGCGAGCUGAUAGGACUUCAAACAGCCGAAGUGGCUUGGUUCACCUUCGACCCGAUUCUGUCAGGGCCGGGUCUGCAAUAUUCGGAGGACAACACGUUGGUAACGGGCGAAGGGUGGGAACACAGGGUAGCAUUAGGCAGCGUGGGUUUUAGCAGAGGUGUCCAUUAUUGGGAAUUUACAAUAGACAAGUACGACGCUGAUACAGACCCGGCAUUUGGAAUAGCCAGAAUAGACGUAACACGGGAUAAAAUGCUAGGAAAGGAUGAUAAAGGAUGGGCCAUGUACAUUGAUAGGCAGCGAUCGUGGUUCCAACAUGCAGGCGCUCAUGAACAGAGGGUCGAAGGCGGCAUCCAUGUGGGAUCGACGAUUGGAGUACUGCUGGACCUCAACCAUCAUCGGCUGCAGUUUUACGUCAACGAGGAGCCGCAGGGGGAAAUCGCAUUCCGGGAUUUGUAUGGGGUGUUCUAUCCAGCCGUUAGCAUUAACCGAGGAGUCAGCGUGACGGUGCAUACAGCCCUAGAUCCGCCUUCGGAUUCAGAUGAAACGUAAAUCCAGUCUUGCUCGUAGCCACUAUUUACCGGGUAUCCAGCCGAUCUGUGGCCAAAGGAUAAUAAGAGUAGCCUCACAUGGAAAAAGCGUUUUUGGCGCUUGCUAUUCUAGCUAAGUGAUUUUUUCGAUAAAGCGACUAGAGAUAAGCAUGUUCAUUCAUUCAUUCUCGAAGCAAAGUGAGUCAUUUGGAAGCAAUUUCUUCCAAAAUAUGUUUUGCUAGAUUUGGUGAGCAGUGGAAUCAUUCAUAGUUUAUCGGAAUGAUAAAAAACAACCUGCUAUAAAAACAGUAAUCGUGCACGCGAAAAAUUAAUCUGGCUUUCCUCUGGCCAGCGUUCAGACGGACACCCGAUGUAAACUGAAGACUUUCAAUUAAUAAUCUUGGAUCUCAAUGGUUAACAGACUCGAAACGUCCUAUAUAACCCGUGGAAUAUUUUGCUGUUGGUCACAAGAACAAAAAUUUACUGGAUGUUUCAGGUGUGCAUAUUGCUGACGUUCUUGUACUUAGCGGGUAAUUAAUCCGGCCGUAGGAAUUAUUUACAAAAUGAUUGCUUCUACUUUUCUGGUUGAAGCAAUGUAUAACUUGCGCGUUGCAUUGAAACAACCCGUAUUCUCGAUGUACGUACUACUAAAAGUCUGUAUUUUUGUCUUCAGAAUGCCUUCACCGGUAACACAAUUAUUCAUAAACACUUCACGGUAAUGUACCAUAACAUUGUAGUAAUCAAACCUGCAUUAUUUCGUUGAUGUUUGUCAUAUUUUUACAUAUCACUGUAGAUAGUAUAUUGCUAAGUUUUUAGUGACUGAAUUGGUUUUUCGCAACAAUAACGAGCUAAAGACAAAACCUUAUCGAAGACUGACUAAUUUUCUAUUGGCCUCGAUGUGUGAAAUUUGCGGAUUUACCUCAUGUUUUAAACGUGGAAAAAUCAACAAUAAAAUAUCUCCUUUUAAUUCAACUUAGUGAUUGCAUACGAAAUUGUAUCUAGUCUAAAAAAAUAUUCUCGUUGAGAAUGUAACAGAGCUUGUUUCCAACGUUAUUCCUCCUUGCCUGUAUACUGAUUAUUACAACUGUUUGUUAUUAUUAUUAUUAAUGAUAUAAUAGGCCUUUGUUACAUAUAGUUGUAUUUGAUAUGAUAUAGGAAUAACUUAUGGAAAUUUUAUUAAAUAUGUAAUAACAAUAAUUGUAUUUCACGCUCUUUGUAAAUAAACCUUUAUUUAUAACAUA